CAUACACUAGCUACCAAAUCUAUAUUGGAAGGUAGAUGACAGAAGCAACCUACCUGCCGUCUAAAACACACGCCGCGAGCUAGCUAGAUCGAUCGAACACACAACGCUAGGCUUCCAAAGAAAACUUACUAGCUGGAGAGAAGCUAGUCGUCGGCACCGGCGAGGGUCGAUCUCACCUUUGACGCCGGCCGGCUGGCCGGCCAACCGAUGUCGUCCAUGGACUGUGCGAUCCACGUGGUGCUGGGGGUGGUCAUGCGGAGGAGCAUCUGCCGGCUGCACGAAGUCGUCGCCAUGGCUGUGGAGCUCGGCACGGCGCUGCUAGUGGCCGUGCGGUUCUCCGGCAUGGCCUUCCGCCGCACGCCAACCCCGACACAGGUGGUCUCGGGGUCGACUCACUACUACUACUAUGCCCCCGUGGCCGCCUCCAUGGUUGGCAUGUCCAGGCUCGACAGGCACUAGUCACCGGUGAGCUACACCCCUCUGGAUUUGAUGGCUAAUCAAUCGUGUUUUUUUUGUGAGUAAUAAUGAAAUUCAGUGCUUGUUAGCUACAUGUGCACUGCACAAUAUAUGUGUUCAUCAUGAUAUCGACAUAGUAAUUGAUCACUCUUGCAUGUAUUUGAGAGCAAAUGGUGGUGAUUAAUUGGAUCUUGGUCAGGUGCCCACUUUUGUGAUGACUCCAGGGUUAUACCCCCCUUGGGAAAAAACGGUGUCCAUUUGUGUUUCUUUC